GGCACCGGCGUCGCCCGUGGACAGUCCCCAUGGCCGAGGGCCCCUCAGUACAGCCUGGGACACCUGCCGUGACCCGCAACCCUCACCGCGCCUUGAGGAUCCCAACCAUGGCCUGGGUGCCCCUGUCAUGGCCUGAGGACCUCCACCGUGGCGUGGAGUUCCCCUUGCCCUGGGAGACCUCAGGCCUUUGGGGAUAUCCCAGCGUGGGUGACAGCCAGUGGGGGCUCAGAGGGUCAAAGGAGGUGCCGGGGUAGCUCUGGGGUUCUGGCAGUUUCCUGCCGGUGAGUCAUGGUGUCACUGGUCCUGAGCCCAGGGGCAGGGGCAGGGUGGCACUUCGGGGAAGUGAAACAGGUGCCAGGAAAACACCCUGGCAGCCCACAGUCAUGCAAGCCUGGCCACGCACAUCCCCGGCCCUGCCAGUGUGGCGCAACCUCCGGCAUGCCGGAUGGACGUGGAGAUGAGGAGUGUCCCCAAAGACCACGUCCCUGAUGGCCGUGUCCCAAAGGUGGCAUGGGUGGACACAAGGGACCAGGGGACAGCAGGGCCCUGUGCCCUCUGGUGUUAGGGCAGUGGGGACACACAGGAGAGGGGACAGAGGGAGCACAGCUGGCUGCAGUGCUUGGGUCUGCGCAGCGAAGGAGGAAGCCGUGGGGAAAUGGUGGAGUGGCAGCAUUUGCGCCACAGCCCUUUCUGGGGCGGCUGCAGGUCGCGGCCCUGGCAAGGGUGGGUGUCAUCACAACCCUGCUGGGCGGGGACUGGGGCUGUGGCUGGCACACGGUCACUGGUCCCACACCUCGAUCCCAAACAUCCUCUCUGCCCUCUGCCCCACACACUGGCCUUGGAGCAUCCUCAUGCUCUGCCCCACACCCCAGCUCCAAAGUAUCCCCUCACUCUGCCCCACACUCCAAUCCUGGAGCAUCCCCUGCUCUGCCCCACACUCAGCCUCCCCAAUGCACUGCUGGGGGCAGCCAACCCCCACAGCUCUACCAGUCUAGAAGGAGGAACUGGGCAAAACCAGGCAUUGCGACAGCUGGAAAUCCCGUUCUGACGGCGCUUCCUUCCAGAGGCUCUUGAAAACCGGCCACGCUAGAGCCGGGCUCAGAGAGCGGGGCAGGCAGGAGCCCGAAGCCAAGUGCCAUAACACUUCCCAGGUACUGUCAAGUCUCUGCCCAGGACUCUGCAGUCGGUGGCGGCCAUGGCAUUCGUCCCUGAUUUGGACACACUGGAGAAUAGCAGCCUAAAUGAGGAGAUGUUUUAUGGCCCCGACUGCCUCUGCCCGCAGAAGAAACCCCGACUGGACUUGGAGGUGACAGCACCCAGGGUGGGCAUCCAAGUGACAGUGACCAAGGGACACCCUGCCAGGACCUUUCGCCGGGCUGCUGUCCUGGUGGUUGCUGUGACCAAGCUCCUAAAGCAGCCAGCGCACAAGGACUUUGCUGACAGUGACCUUGGCAGCUUCUUGGAUGAUCUUUUCGAGCCCAUCUCCUUCCAGCACGUAACGGGCAGUUAUGCUGGGGCACCCGUCUUCCGCUACACCCGCUCCCAGUCCUUUGACAUCCUGGACAUUGACCACAAGUGUUUUGUGCUGGAGUCGCCAACCCAGCUGGUGGCCCUGCACCUGCAGGGACCCUCUGCUGGACGGAAAGUGAAGCUCAACAUCGCUCUGUACCGUCCCCGGUCAUCACAGGGCAGCCCAGGGGCUGGGCGGGUGCCUGUGGCCUUGGGUAUCAAGGGCUACCAGCUCUAUAUGUCAUGUGUGAUGAGUGGCGCCAAGCCCGUGCUGCAGCUGGAGGAAGCUGAUGUCAGGAGGGAUAUUGAGACCGUGGAGCUGACCCGCUUCAUCUUCUACCGUCUGGACAGCCCAGCCGAGGGGACUACCCGCUUCGAGUCCGCUGCCUUCCCUGGCUGGUUCGUCUGCACAUCCCUGCAGCCCCGCCAGCCUGUGGGUAUCACCAAUGCUCCUGACCAAGUGAACAUUGCUACCUACGAGCUGAGCGGGCGCUGAAGACCUCGCACCAACCCAACCGGCAGUCACCGGUUUUCAGGCUGUAUGUACUGAGUACAACCCCCUGGGAUGGGACCCCUCUCACCAUCUACUUCAGAUGAAAUAGUCGCUCUGGGCCCCAUGGGCUCAAGACACCCCAAUCCUUAUUUAUUUACCUAUUGUGUCUGGCCAGUGCUUUUAUAUUUAUUUAUUGUGCUCCCUUAUUUAUUGCUGCUUUUAACUUGUAUGUGUUUUAUUGUUAUCUGGAACGCCGGUGUUUGUAGAGAUGGAAGUGGAAAUAAAAGGUUUUCCAGGGC